GUUUCAAUAAAUCGAGAAUCAGCCCCCCGGACGAUCCGUUGAAAGAACAGCUCACCUUUCCUUUCCCCACCGCUCUCCCCCCUCACACGACUGGAGCAGGAUCACUCCAACGUAUUCACAAUGGCUCUCUUUCAGAAGCUUGUUAUCACUCUUCUCAGCGUGCUCACGAUCGCCUUCCUGUACUUCGCCCAGGUGGCUGAGGCUGCGGGCAAAGGGCCUCGCAUCACGAACAAGGUCUACUUUGAUAUCAACCAUGGCGACGAGCACCUCGGACGUAUUGUUAUGGGCGUAUACGGCAAAACGGUGCCGAAGACGGCGGAGAACUUUGUCAAGCUGGCCACAGGCUCCGAAGGCUUUGGGUACGAGGGUUCGACCUUCCACCGUGUCAUCAAGGACUUCAUGAUUCAGGGCGGUGACUUCACUAAGGGAGACGGCACGGGUGGCAAGUCCAUCUACGGCGCCAAGUUCCCUGACGAAAACUUCAAGCUCAAGCACAGCAAGAAGGGCCUCCUCAGUAUGGCAAACGCAGGAAAGGACACAAAUGGCAGCCAGUUCUUCAUCACCACCGCUGUCACGUCGUGGUUGGACGGACGCCACGUCGUUUUCGGCGAGGUGCUAGAGGGGUACGACGUUGUGGACAAGAUCCAGAAUGUGGAGAAGGAGCCAGGCGACAGGCCUAAGAAGCCGGUCAGGAUUGUCAAGAGCGGCGAGCUCGAAAUACCCGAAGGUACUGAAGUGCGCGGGGAGCUGUAGUUGCGCCUUGUCUUCCCUCCUUUCCCCCCUUGGGGCGCCGGGCUACCUCUCUGCUCUAUCCCUCUCUGCCUCCCUCUCUCUCUUUCUCUCUCUCUUUUACAUACACUUUUCUCCAUUUUGAAAAGCAGCAUCCAGAAUCUAGAACCGCAAAGAAAAGAAGAAGAAGAGAGGCUGAUAGUUUGUGUGUUGUCGAAUAUAAAGGCCUCGAAGGAUCCGCAGAAGCAGUUCCGGGCGAAGAGCUAGACACCGCAGCAAACCCACCGGCGUUCCCCCCGUCGUCAUCUCACGCCGCACCGUCAAAUCAGCAACAAAAGCUCGACGACAAACCUCUCCCAGCCGGAACCGUGUACACGACGUACGUCGAGCAGCUGUCGGGCUCGCAACGACUGGUCGUGUUCGGUUUCGUCUUGGCCGUCUGCUUUGUGAUUUGGAAGUCGAGACAGGCGACCAAGGCGCGGGCCAGGAUACAGGAAAAGACGUUGGCGUAGCAGCCGCUCCGUGUACUUUACCUCGCAGAUAGACAACCUUUUCCCCAAACAGCUCACGGCUCUGG